UAACCGGCGAUUUCGAAUCUUCUCUGAAAUCACACAGAACUUUCUUUUUUUCAUCUUCUCUCUGGAGAACCAAAGAAAAAAAAAAGAGAAUGAAGCGAGGAAUAAGUUUAGGGUUUGUAGAUACGAUCUACGAAGAAGAAGAAGAAGACUACGUGGAUCACUCCUCCUCUUUCUCUUCUUCUUCAUCAUCUAUAUCUCCUUCUCCUCAACCACGUAUCAAUCUCUCUUCUUCUUCUUCAAUGGAGCUUGAAUCUAGACUCCUUAAAUGGUCGUUGGUUAAUAAUUCUAAACCUGAUGUGCUGGUACAUGUGGGAGGCACAAGGUUCCAUCUUCAUAAGGAUCUUCUGUCAAGGAGGAGUGGCUAUUUAAAACGCCACCUAACGAACGUUAACGAAUUAACUCUCUCACCGCCGUUAAACAUAACGGCUGAAACGUUCACGUUAGUAACCGCUUUCUGCUACGGCGCUCACCUUGAACUAACGCCGUUUAAUGUCGUUUCGCUGAGAGUCGCCGCUGAGCUUCUUCUGAUGACGGGAGCUGGAAGAAACGACGUCAGAGAUAAUCUGAGGAACUUGACGGAGUCCUAUCUCCGACGAGUCGUCUUCGUCAACGUUGACUACAUCAAGAUCGUUCUCCGUUCAUGCCUCACCUUGCUUCCGGAUUCGGAAACGACGGCGUUUUUAGUCGGAAGAUGCAUCGAAGCUUUGACGGAAGUCGGAGACGGAGAGUGCGUCAACGAGCUCCUCGAGCAAGCCGUUAUACUUCCCGCCGGAGAUUUCAUCGUCGUUGCCGGCGCCGUGCAGCAAAGGUUCCCGCGCCACGAUUUGCUUUACAGAGUCGUUGAUGCUUACGUGAAGGAGCAUGACGGAGAGAUAACGGAGGAAGAGAAGGUUCAGAUAUGUAAUUCGAUAGAGUGCGACAAACUAUCGCCGCCGUUACUCCUCCACGCCGUGCAAAACCCGAAAAUGCCCCUGAGGUUCAUCGUACGCGCGAUGCUACAAGAGCAGCUCAACACGCGCCACUCGAUCAUAACUGCAGCCGACGCCGUCGCUACGUCUGCGGGACAUCGAAACCGAGAGAUCACCCAGGCGGAGAGAGACUCCUCCGUGACGCUGGGGUCGCUUCUCCAGCGAGACACGGCGGCGAGGCAAAACUGCAGGCUAAGAGCUGCUAUGAACUCAACGAGCUCGAGGAUCAAGAGCUUGGAGAAAGAGCUGGACGAGAUGAAGAAGCUCAUAUCGAAAGAAUCGGAACGGAUGAUGGAGUCUAAGUCGAGGAGUGUGAUGGACUCUGCUCGGUCCGCGAGUUUCCAUUGCGUUCACAGUUCGAGUAACGUAAACAAGAUGCAGAGAGGAGAGAGAGGUUCGGUUUCCUCACUGAGCACGACUUUCCGGCGAGGAGGAGCCUCUCCGCCGCCGCAGAAAAGUCUCGGUAAAAGACUAAUUAAGGGAAUAAAGAACGCUUUCUCAUCUAAACAAGAAGGCAAGAAAAAUGCAGAUACAGUUGAGGAGAUUUAUGAUGGGUUAGAAGAUUUCGUCUGGAUCAAAGAUGAUGACAACGUCUCUGAAGAACUUCACUCUCAUUACGUCGAGAACAAAUGAUCUCUCUCUCUCUCUAUCUCUUGCAUUAAUAGCUUGUAGCCAAAGUGAUUCUAUGUUUCUUCUUUUCAAGUGAUGAAAUUCCCGAUGUAGUGGAUGGAUGGAUCUUUUCACGAAUUUGCAGAUCUCUGUGUUGAAUUUUUGUUUAGCUGCAUAUA